AAUUUAGUCACCUAGUAUAGAUAAUUCUGGAGACAUAUUGAAGACGCAUGCGUCCAUGACACAUAUAUAUGUGGGAGAUAACAACCCUGGGUCUCCUAUCACUGCUACUGCUGCUGCUGCUCUCUCACUCUCUUAUUAUAUAACAUUAACCAGAUAGUAACAAAGCAAAUCUGAGAGCCAUUAAAAUGGCUUUCUCAGCUUUACGGGUCCAAACAUGCAUAGGCUGCAUUCCUCUACAAAGGGGUUCUGUCAUUAUUGGCUUCUUAGCUUUGUUUGGAUCGUUACUUGAAAUGUUCAAGUGUAUUCUUCUGCUAGUGGACUUUGAAUUAUCUCUGAAGCAGUGUCAGAAUGCAGAAAAUGAGUUACUUCUGAAACCCACUCGGGAUGAUGACUUGUUGGACAGUUCAGCAGAAGACAAGGAAGAUGAUGAUGAUCGUUACCAUGAUAAAUGCCCCUCUGGAACUGUCACUUACAUUUUGCGCAUUAAUAUGGUGUUGAGGGCAUUUACAUUCUUCAUCUACUUUAUUCUGACUGCACUGAUGAUACAUGGGGCCAAAACGGGCAGAUACAAGUUGAUGACUCCUUGGUUAUGGUGGCAGAUGGUACAGAUUGUAUUUACCAUCUUGGCUCUGUGUAGCUUGUGGGGAAAUGUAAAUGAUAUUGUUUCAAGCAUCUUCAUUGUCAUAGUAGUGAUAUACUUCUCCCUCGUUGUUAAUUCAUAUUACUUGCAACUUCGAGAAUCGGCAGCUAGACCUGCAGAUGUGACAGUAGUGGCAGUUGCUCACCCCACUGCAGGCAUGACAGUAAUGAUACCUUCACCAAGAAAGGAUGAUCCACCACCACCUUACCCAGGGCUUGCUCCAGGAUACAAUCCAGUGUAUAACCCUGUUAAUACUAUAGGUUAUCCACCAGCUCCUCCAUACACUCCUAGUCAGAAUUGUAAUCCAGUGUCACCACCACCUUAUGAAAUAAACAUUCCAAAUUCCUCAGUCCAGGCCAGUCAACCUGCCCCACAGAGUCAAAAUCUUCAUGCCAAUGUCGCUACAUCACAAGACCCAGCAGCAUCUGAGGCUGGAGAAGAAGCUGCUCCUCUGGUUGACAAGAGGCCUUUGCCACAGAACUAAGCAAAAUACUAACUAAGGUGCUCAGAAUACAACAGCUUAGAAGCAUAUGUGAUCCAUAGUCGUCAAAAAUCUCGUGCAGUCUCCUUCCAAUAGGCCAGAUAAUCACUGAUCUACUGCUCUACCUCCUGAAUUCCAUUCCAAUACUCUACCACCACUAGUGAAGAAAUAUGCAUUUACCUAUUGAAGUGCAAGUAGAAACUUGUGGCUACAGAAAUGAAGUGAUGCUCAUGGUGUCCAUUGUUUACUUUGUCCUAUUUUUUUUUUAAAUACUACAGCAUGCUAAUGGCUUUCUUUUGUGUUGAACAAUAUUUUAUUACAUACAAACAAUGUUUUGUAUUACUGCAUAAAGAAAUAAAAAAAUCUUUUUGUUUAGUGGAUGUACAGGUGCUCCUCGACUUAGGAUGGGGUUAUGUUCCGACAGACCCAUCAUAAGUUGAAUAUAAAUAUAUUAUGAAUAAGUAACUACAGUCACUGAAUAAGUAAAUAAACAAAUAAUUACUGUAACUAGCUAAAUACCAGUAUUGAAAAGUAAAUAAAUGAAUACAAGUUAUGGACUUGCUGCCUUUAUGCUGGGUGAUUAUCUUUAGUUUCAUCUCCAGAAGUAAUUGCUUUUGUGGUAUUGUAAAGUCAAAAUAUCGUAAAUCAAACCAUCAUAAGUCAAGGAGCACCUGUAGUACCGUACAAUAUUUACUAUAUCCUAUUGUAUCACAUUUCAGCAGUCCAGCCUUGGAUUUAAAUAGUCCAUUACUAUCUGUAACAACAGUACAGUACUUGUGUCCUUCAGUAUCACUAUUAAUGAUGUUAAAAAUAUAAUGUUAGGUAAAUGGACACAGAUGCAACUAAUGUGACAUUUUAUUAUGGCAACAGUUUGCAAAAUGUUGCCACAAUAAAAUGUCACAUUAGUUGCAUCUGUGUCCAUUUACCUAACAUUUUGUGGGUAAUUCUACCAUUAGUACUAAAAAUAUAAUGCCUGUGCUUGUAUAUACUGGCAAUUAUUUUUUAUCCUUUUAUGAUUUUGUGUGAUUAUCUCGAUAAUUCAUAUGUACAGUAAUUGUAUGUACAUGCAGUGGUGUUUUGUUUGUGUGCAUGUGUGAGGAACAGGUGUAUAAGCAGGGGCUUAUCUGCUAUGAAACUAAUGAAGCUUAAGCUUCAGGGCCCCUAAUCCCAGAGGGGCCCUAGAAGCAGUUAGUCCACAUUGCUUAAAAAUUUUGGGUCCAGUGUAUGAGAAGGGGGUGCAAAGUGGCCCCCAUAACAGUUCAAGCUUCAGGACCCCAAAAAUGUAGGUCCGUCACUGUAUACAAGUAUGAUUAUUAAGCAUCUUAGUAAUUUUUUAGCAUAAUAUGAAAAAUAAGUGUGCCACCAUCCCCCCAAUGAAAAGCAGGGGUGUCACUAGCACGUUAAGAGACCAUACAAUAAGUGUCAGGGGCCCGAGACUGUUCAACUGCCUCCCAGCACACAUAAGGGGGAUUACCAACAGACCCCUGGCAGUCUUCAAGCUGGCACUGGACAAGCACCUAAAGUCAGUUCCUGAUCAGCCGGGCUGUGGCUCGUACGUUGGUUUGCGUGCAGCCAGCAGCAACAGCCUGGUUGAUCAGGCGCUGAUCCACCAGGAGGCCUGGUCACAGACCGGGCCGCGGGGGCGUUGACCCCCGGAACUCUCUCCAGGUAAACUCCAGGUUAUAAACACAGACUUGGGCUAUCUUGAAGAUUAAUGGAUGCCACUGCCUAAAAAAAAAAAGAUGCCAUCAGCUGCUUACACUUCGCAUCCGUAUUCUUUCCACUCGGCCAGAGAUAUCUGCAGUAUUAAUUCAUUGACUGGUAGAUUUUGUUAGAAUGUAAAGUCCAGAAUGGUGCUCAAGAAAUGGUAAACCAAUAAACUCUAAUGAUGUACUAUACAUGACAAAAUUAUUAAUUUUAGUUUUAACUACUGAUAGUCAAGACCAGCAGCAUUAUUUUCUGUUAUUUAUACAGUAUCAAAACAUAGACUCAGUAGUCCAAUAUUAAGUUUUUUAUGACUAAUCAUAGUUUGGAUUUUAAUUUUAUUGGUUUUCAGUGUAGUGCAGUUGUAAUAUAAGUAGUGAUAGGAAUUUAAGCAAUUGUUAUUAUGAAUAUUAUUCCUGUGUAUCGUUGUUAUAUUAUUCCCAUGAAGGUAUAGCACUCUCUUGUUAUAAUAAUAGGUACAAGAUUAUUACAUUUGUGGGUAAGUGCUAAACCCAUAUGGGACAUACAGUGCCUGAGGAAUAGGGGCAGUAGGUAAUCAGAUUUGAUCUGAGGAAGGGAAAGAUAGAUCUUGAUUCCUUGGAUCAAGAACCCAUCACCAGCCUCAAGGCAGUACCUUCACUUAAGGAUGAAGGAAGAGGUAAAAUACGCACUAUAGGUUUUGCCAUAAUACAAGAUUACUGUACAUUUAUUCAAAUUCAAAAUUUUUAUUUCUUUGCAAAGUUUGCAAUGUGUGGUUUACAUAUUACAAAAUAUGAAGUACAGAGAAAGCCACUAGCAUGCCUAGGCAUUUUUGGCAGUCUCCCACCACAUUGACCAUCUCCCACCAAGUUGAAGAUUGAGACACUUAUGUAGCAUAUGGGAAUCUUUAUUCAGGAAACGUUUCGCCACACAGUGGCUGUGGCGAAACGUUUCCUGAAUAAAGAUUCCCAUAUGCUACAUAAGUGUCUCAAUCUUCAACUUGUCGGUUUUUCAAACCAUUCAUCACAUCUCCCACCAAGAUGGGCGACCUGAAAUAAAAAAAUAAAAACACUCACCUUCAUUCACACUAUCACUGUAUUGCCAGAGGCACAUGGAUAUGACAGCUCAGAUGUCCCUCUGAACAGCAGAUAUCCCAACCCCUCCUCUAAAGUGCAGGCACUGUACUUUCCACCUCCAGGACUCAAGUCCAGCUAACUUGUAAUUAUAGAGUUUAAGAGAUAUAAUUCUUCAGUUUUUAGAGGAACAAAGGGUUGAUAUUUGAAUGAUUUUUUUUAGUGAAGUUAAUCAUACUCCAGUUGCUUUGCUUUCAUCAUGGAAUAUUAUAUUUUUGUAAAUACAUUAUUAAGUACAUAGACUACUUUAAGGUUUGUAUGGGCUUAAUAAUUUGUGUUGUAAAUUUGUCAAAUGAAUGGCUAUGUCAUCCAUUAUUGGUUUAUUUGUUUGUUAGCAGUGUAGCGCUGUAUGACCUUUGUGGGUUUACCUUUUAAUUAUGAUUAUAUUAAUAAUAACUCAUGGUAAUAUGGCAACUUUAUUAAAGCCACAAGAAAAGGAGAGAAAUAUUAAAAAUUAUUUUAAUUUUUCCAAUACUGUAGUUUUAGUAAUAAAUGUAGUUCAUUGAAUCUUAAAAUGUGUUCUAUCAUGGACAUUUAGUUUUAGUUCACAAAAGACUUUUGGUGUUUAGAUUAUACAGCCUCUCCUCGCUUAAUGACGUACUCGUUUACCAACGACUUGGACUUAGGAUGGCUCUCUGACCAGUAUGCAUAUCUAAAUAAUGUAUAUUAGAACUGAUUGCCUCUGUUCUGUUUAUUACAAUAUACAGUACACUACUAAAUAAACAUUUAAAAAUAUACAAAAAAUGUUAUAAAUGGUGCAAAGGUGACAUUAACCCUUUGACUGUUGCGGCCGUAUAUAUAUGUCUUAAGAGGUACCGUGUUUGGCGUAUAUAUACUCAUAAAUUCUAGCGGCUUCAAAUCAAGCAGGAGAAAGCUGAUAGGCUCACAUGUGAGAGAAUGGGUCUGUGUGGUCAGUGUGCACCAUAUAAAAAAAAUCCUGCAGCAUGCAGUGCAUAAUGAGAAAAAAAAACCAACCUUUUUUUUUUAAUUAAAAUGCCGACUUUGUGGUCUAUUUUCAUAUAGUAUUUAUGGUUGUAUUCUCGUUUUCUUGGUCUCAUUUGAUAGAAUGGAAAACAUAUUAUAGAAAUAGAGAUGAUUUUGAUUGAUUUUACUAUAAAAAGAACCUGGAAAUGGAGCUCAAAGUCGGGGAAAUGUUUGAUUUUUGCCGAUGUUCAAAAGUAAACAAAUGAUGUCAUUGUCCAAGAAAUGUCCAACUAGCCAUUCUAAUAUGCAGUCAUGAAUGGGUUGAUGUUAUUUAUACAAUUAUUACAGUAUUGCAGUAGUCUGCAUAAUAGUAAAUCUUCUAUUUUUUGUUUGAAUAAAAAUUCAAAAUAGAAAGCAAGAGUAAUAUCAGAGGGGUGUGGAAACAUGACUGAUGAACAAAGAAAAUGUUAUUUUAGAGCCAGGAAUGUCUGUAUUGUUCAUUCUGGACCUUAUUUUGACAUUGUCAUAUUUUUUAAUUUUCGUGAAAUUGGCCAAAUUGCAAAUUUCUGACCACGUUAUUGGGUAGUUGAAAUCGGUAAAUGGGCAGUUUCUUGUACUCAAUCGAUAGAAAAAAUGGAGUUCUAAAGAAAUAGCUAUGAGUUUGGUCGACUGGAACAAUGGAAUUAGCCGAAAAUAGGGCUCAAAGUGGGCGAAAUCGCCGAUUUGUAAAUAUCGCUGAGGUCGCUAGCUUCGUGAGAACGUAAUUCCAUCAGUUUUCCAUCAAAUUUCGUUUUUUUGGUGUCAUUACAAUCGGGAAAAGAUUCUCUAUCAUUUCAUAAGAAUUUUUUUUUUUUUUUUUUUUUAAAUUUUGCGACACCAGGAGACACCUCAGGAUUGAGGGUUGCGACAGUCAAGGGGUUAAAACAAUAUCAAAGAUGGUUGACACAAACCCACUACCAUUAUAAUAUGCUCCUCACUUAGCAACAAAUUCGUUUACCAACAUGGUCUUAGGGACAGAACUCCGUCGUUAAGUGAGGAGAGGCUGUAUAGUACAUGGCUAGUGACUUAAAAGAAUAUUUUAUAACUUGGUAAAGUUUUUGAAAGUCAUUUGUACAGUACAGUUAAUUGUUUAAUUAAUACAUAUUUAUUAAUAGUUUAAGUUCUCUUGUUAUUUAUCAGGAAGUAUUAAUUAAUGAACAAUAUUUCUUUAUUAUAAUCCUUGGCACUUCUAAAUUCUUUUUCUCUAUCAGUUUUCAAAUUACCAUAGGAAUGUGUGUGUCUCUUAUCUUACUUUUAUAUAGUGUAUAUUGUAAAUUUUAUAUGUAUUGUAGAUUUUAUGAAGUCUUUUUGGCAUUUUUUUAUGGCUCCUUUAUUGAGCCCUUCACACUGCAGAGCUUUUUUGUGGUCAGAUAUUCAUUCUGGAGCCUCCUAUUGUUCUAAUGGAUAAAUAUAUAUCAUUU